AUGCAGAGAUUGAAACCAGCACAUGAGAUUUAUAAUCGUCUAGUAUGGGAAAAGGAACAAUUUGGGGACUUUUUUAUAGGAUAUGAAGAUAGGUUUCUAGGAAUUAUGGAAACAACUCGAGAAGAAUUCGAAGCAGCAGAGAUACCGUUUCAUCGAAUUCGUUAUUUUAAAAUCAUCUCAAAUGGACAAAUAAUAUGGGAUAGAGAAAGACGGUUAGAUCUUAUUACUCGCAAUUACUCAAAUCCAGUCUCAAAUCCUUUAAUAGAUACGUCACAAAUUACUAUUAAUAUUGAUGAUUCCAAUGUAAAACAACCUGUAUCUUCCGUAAAAUCCAAAAAGAAUUAUCUAAAACGGAGGCGAGAACAACUCAGAAAGAAAUUAUCGACUGAGGUUAGAGAGCAACUCGAAGAAGAUGAACGGAUCGAAGCGGAACAUGAUCAACAAUAUGAAACUAGAAUUCGCGAAGUUGAGGAGCGCAUCAAGCGGUUUCAAGAGUUACAAAACGGA